AACUCUAAAAGUACGAACUACUCACUACAACAGUGAGAAUUUACUAUUCGACCUAGUGAAAACAUGUCUCUCGCGAUGAUUAUUAUUUUAAUUGUGGCCGUUGUUAUCGUUUCACAUUUGAGCUUCAAAGUUUGGUACCGAAGGGGUGUAAAUUCCUUGCACCCGGUACCAUUCCUGGGAAACCUGACCGGUGUUUUUGUUAAUGGUGAAACCGUAUUUGAGAGCAUGGAAUAUUUUUAUAAGUCCUUGAAAGGGGAAGGGAAACAUUUUGGGACUUACUACCUUUUCGCGUACCCAACCUUUGUACCGAUCCAUUUGGAGCUUAUCAAAAGAAUGUUGAUCACCGAUUUUGAGUAUUUCACUGACCAUAUUGCGCAUUUGGACGAGAAGAACGAUCCAAUUACUAUGAAUAUAUUUAGUCUAAAGGGUGAGCGUUGGAGAAGUCUAAGGGAGCAGCUCUCACCAGCGUUCACUCCUAGCAGAAUGAGGCUGGUAUUUGAGAACUCAGCGGAAUGUGCACGAAAUUUAAGUAACUUAAUAGAGGGCAAGGGGACGAUUGCCAUCCAAGACGUCUGUGAGAGGUACACGAUUGAUUUCAUAAUUUCCUGCUGUUUCGGUAUUGAGAGCAAGCUGCUUCAGAAUGAGGAUUCGCGAUUUCGAAAGCACGCGGGAGAGUUACUCUGUGCCGGGUCGUGGAGAUCGGUUCUUUUCAUGCUCAGCCUCAUUCUUCCGCAGUUCUUUACGAUAUUUAAAACGAGGGUGUUUUCUAAACAAUGUACGGAAUUUUGGGUGAACGUCGUGAAGGAAACCGCCAAGCAGCGGGAAGGAAAUGGUAGCGCUCGCAAGGAUGUCAUGCAGACUCUGCUUCAAGUGGCCAAAGACGACGCAAUCACAGAUGGCUCUCAGCGAACCAGCGGAGGAGUCACACUUUUGAGUUUCCCGGACAUUGCCGCCCAGUGUUUCUUGAUUCUUCUGGCUGGUUUUGAGGGACCGGCCACGGGGAUCUCCUUCACUCUGAUAGAGUUAGCGCUAAACCAAGAGUACCAGGAUAAUGCUCGAAAUGAAAUCAAUUCCGUCUUGGCCACGCAUGACGGGGAGGUUAGUUACGAUGCAAUUGCAGAUAUGAAGUAUUUGGAAAAUUGUGUUUUGGAAACUUUGAGGAAAUUCCCACCGCUGUCGGUGAACACCCGCCUUUGUACAAAGGAUUAUCACAUUCCCGAAACCGACGUCGUAAUCAGAAAAGGAACGGCGGUUGUCAUUCCGGUCUACGCAGUACACAGAGAUCCAGAGUACCAUCGCGAUCCGGACAAGUACGAUCCCAGUCGUUUCAAUGAAGACAGUCGUCGCCCUCUCACCACCUUUAUGCCCUUCGGUGGUGGUCCACGCACGUGCAUCGGCGAAAAGCUCGGGAUUCUGAUGGCUAAACUUGCCUUGACAGUACUAUUGAGGAGUUUCAGAUUUCAUGUACAUCCUGAUACCCAACCACCUUUUAGAUUUGAGCCCACUUCGCUUAUUCCCAAAUGUAAGAUACCUGUAAAGCUGAUUGUUGAGAGAAUAUGAUGUAUUAUUGACUAAUCUUCUUCUUCUUGAUCAUUUCUCUCUCUCUCUCUCUCUCUCUCUCUGUUCCUGACUCUCCACGCACUCCUUUUCUACGCAUCUUUUUCAUCCAAUUCCUUUUCUCUCCAAAACACAGUGCUUCCCCUUCCUCCUUGCUCCUUGGUAUGUAAGGCGGCUUAUUGCUAUCAAACCACAAACAAUCGAAACGUUAUUGGUACUUUCAAAGCAAGCAAAAAAUAUCAUGAAGAAUAAAUGUGAAGAAUACUUCGCUAAGUUUAAAUUUAAGGCGCUAAAUUUAACUCUGCGGUGAGCGAUGUAGGAACCAACUCAGCCAGGAACACCAACAGAGGGGAUUUUGCUGUAGAUGUACGCCAUGAGCACGCCGCAGGCCGCCGGUUUUAGAGAAUAGAGUUUUCCUUUCUUGUAGCGAUACAAUAGAUUAAAAUAAACGCUUACUUGUGCUGCA